AUGGUGCAGGUGGUGUUCAAGGACUUCAAGAAGAACAAGGAGACGCUAGACGUCGAUCUGGAACACGAAUCGGUCAAAGACGUCAAGGAGAAACUUGCAGCGGCAAGAGACUGCGAUGCAGAACAGAUUAAACUGAUCUUUUCGGGGAAAGUGCUCCAGGACGCUAAACCGUUUGCUGAGACGGGGCUCAAGGAGAACGAUCACGUUAUUAUGAUGGUUUCAAAGAAGAAAUCGGUGCCGGCAAAGGAACCGGUAAAGGAGCCCGAAACGGAACCCGUUGCAACAACUGAAACUCCCGCCGCCACUACAACUGAACCUGCACCCGCGGGUGCCGGCUCCGUUGUUGCUGAUAACUCGACACCAGAUUUCGUCACAGGCCAACAACGUAACGAAACGGUCGAAAGAAUAAUGGAGAUGGGUUACGAAAGAGCUCAAGUCGAGAGAGCGCUCAGAGCAGCGUUCAAUAACCCAGAUAGAGCAGUCGAGUACCUGAUAACGGGCAUCCCAGCAGCACAGCCCGCUGAACAACCCGCUGAACAAACCCCAGAACAGGCACAAUCCUCAGCGUCACCUGAACACAGCGAACCCCCAGAACAACCGCACGAGGAUGACUUGUUCGCACAAGCACUGGGGAAUAACGGUCAAUCCGCCGGUGCAGAGGGGACACCAGGUACCCCAGGCACCGCCUCGGCAGCCCCACCUGGAUCCAUUGGUCUCACUGUAGAGGAUCUCAUGGCGCUCAGAGAGGUCGUUUCGGGGAACCCAGAGGCCCUUGCGCCACUCUUGGAGAACUUAUCCAACAGGUACCCUCAAUUGAGAGAACAGAUCAUGGCCAACCCGGAAGUGUUUGUGUCGAUGCUCCUUGAGGUCGUUGGUGAAAACCUUACACACAUGGACGAGUUCACCGCCGAGUCUGAGGCAGCUCAAAGUGGUGAGGCCCCAGGUGCAGGUGGGCCCUCGUCAGAGUCCGCACAGAUAGUACAACUCUCGGAACACGACGAACAAGCAGUGGAGAGACUCUGCGAACUAGGGUUCGAAAGAACGCUCGUCAUCCAAGUUUAUUUCGCCUGCGAGAAGAACGAGGAAAUCACGGCAAACAUGCUAUUCUCAGAGUACGCGGACAACUAG